CUCUCCUCUGCGGGGUUAGAGGCCUUCCCCCCUCCGAUGCUGUUAACCAAGGACCAGACAGAAUACUUUGCCUAUCACAAUACAAUGCUUUAGCAGAGAUAAUGGACUCUGCCGUUGAAUUUGUGCUUGCCGAUCGGUCGUUCAGACGUGCAUCCACCCGACGGGACAAUUCCUCGGAAUAGGCCCGGACGACUGAACCCACCGUAACCGUCAAAAAGUAAAGGGCUGCUUUGCUUCUCCUCAAUCCAGAAACUCCUUUGCCGAAACGUCGCUUUUUUCUGGCGGACCUUGAUCUACAUAUAUCUGGUACUUGCCGUCUCCAGGAAGCGCAACUCCAACGACAUCGGUCUGGAUCUCGAGGAGGUCAAUCUGAAAAUUAGAGAACGAGAGUAUGGCGGCUAAUUCGGAGAGCGGUGUACAAUACUCGCCUGUCCGCGAGGCGGGUCGCAUCUUCAACCACCUCUGCGACCAAGCCGAACGUCUCAGCUUGCCCGCGGAAGUAGCGGAGCGCAGGGAUGCUGUGUCAUUCACGUCCAUUCAUGACCAGAUCUAUUACCCGAUCCCGUUCAAAGAGACCGAGACAUUGGCUGCGUUGAAAGGUGUGGAGGGAGCAGUGGCAGGCGCAAUCGCUGAUCUGCGGUAUGGACCAACCACUCAAGCGCGGAAUGUCCAGGUGAGCCUUGAGCGGGCCACUGCAUUUGGUUGUCAGGCGUACAUGGCCAAGGUGGAUGGAUUGUCCAAGUUGGAUCCGGAAGUGAAGAAGAAGCUGAAAGACACGGACUUACUCGCAGCCCAGUCGAACGGCUACCGUCGGAUGUCGGCGAAUCUGUACAAGACCAAGAACAAGGACGAAUACUUCCACAUCCAUGGCUCACUCGAGGCUACCACGACGCUGAACAUGAUUGGACUGGAGGGUCAACGUCCGGAUCUGACCGAUUAUGAGGAGAUCAUCAAGGUCAUCGAGAGCCAUGUGCAGAAAUACUCCGCGGCGGAGUUAGAGGAGAUGAACAAGGAGAGGAGACAGGCCGGUGUGACGGCAUUCAAAUACGAGGACUUCAUCAAAACCCCCCAUGGCAAACUCAACGUCCAGGAACCGGCUUGGAAGGUGACCCGUCUGAGCGGCGACCUGCCUCCCACACCAUUCCCUGCUAGUCGCAGCGGUAGCAAGAGAAUUCUCGAAGGCGUCAAGGUUUUGGAGCUGUGCCGUAUCAUUGCCGGGCCUACGGUGGCACGCAUCUUGUCGGAAUAUGGUGCCGACGUCCUGAAGAUCACCAGUCCCAAGCUGUCUGAUGUUCCCUUCUUCCAGGUGGACGGCAACAUGGGCAAGCAUGCCGCUGACUUGGAUCUCAAGUCAGAGGACGGUCGGCGUCAAUUUGAAGAGCUUUUGGCUGACGCCGAUGUUCUUGUGGACGGAUACCGCCCAGGAGCUCUCGAGAAGCUGGGGUACGGACCGGACGCACUUGCCGCAUUGGCUGAGAAGCGCGGCAAGGGUAUUGUGGUGGUGAACGAGAACUGCUUUGGAUACGAGGGUGAAUGGGCUGGCCGCCCAGGCUGGCAACAGAUUGCCGACUGCGUGAGUGGUAUUGCAUGGGCACAGGGUGAAUUCAUGGGUCAUUCGGCCCCAAUGGUCCCCCCGUUCCCCAUCUCCGACUACGGCACCGGGUGUAUGGGAGCAAUUGCAGCAUUGACGGGUCUCUACCACCGCGCUAAGCAGGGCGGCUCGUACCACGGCAAAGCUUCGUUGAUGCACUAUGAUCUGCUGCUAUUUGCCGUUGGCAAGUACUCGGACGCCAUCCAGGAGCAAAUGCGCGCUGCGCAGCCCCCCGAGUUCUUCAAGCUGCGGCACUGCGACAGCGUGGACCGCAUCUCCUCGACCGUGCUGAAGAUCAUGCAGGCCCGAUUCCCCCACCUAUACGCGGGUCCCGAGCAAGCGGGAGAGGGGGCCCUCACCGAGAUCUGGUACUCCAAGGCCUACGGAGGGGACAUCGAGAUUGUGCGGCCCAUCACGGAAAUCGACGGUGUGGAGAACAAGUUCAUCCGAGCCAGCCGGCCUAAUGGCACGGACCGGGCGAGUUGGGAGGAUUUCGAGCAGCACGAGGAGGAUUUUCGGAAGGUUUAGGUUUGAUCUUGG